UGACGCGUUGUUGUGGUGGUUUUUUUUCUAUGUUAUUAUUGCGUCUGUUGUGUAUGACAAUACGUGUGUUUUAGAUGCAUUUUUAAUUAACAUUCUCAUUCACUUUGUCGGGGAAACAUGCUAAGGAGUUGAAUACUUAGUUUAAGUGGAAAGGGGGAUUGAUGUUCUACGCGUCACAGGAGCAUACAUACGUUUCAUUGGAGAAAGACAGGUUCAUCGUAUGUUUAGUCGAAGAAUUUUUUGUUUCCUGUGAAAAAUGAAUACUCCGACAACGAGAGAUUUUCUUCGACGACCCGAAGGAACCCGUAGAAGAUCCUCUCGACAGGCUUUAGCGGUUAUUCCUGUCAACAAUUCGUCAUCGCCUGGAGAGGCUGUUUCAACUGAAGUGAAUGCAAUGGAUAACUUUUUAAACAGUAGACACGGCUCUGAUUCUUGGAGUCCUGCACCGAGCCCCGACGAAUUAGUGAUACAGAAACGUGGACGUCGUCGUAAGACCAUAGUUUGGUCACCUGACCUUGACACAUGUAAAAGAAGCAGUCUCUUUAAUUUAAGAUCUGGGGACCGUACUCCGGUAAAAAAUCCAUCAAAAACAAGUAUGGUAUUAAGAAGUACACCUAGAAAAAGACUUUCUCUCGGUGACACGAGCGAAUCUCAGUUUACAACACCUGAGAAAAAGAAAAAGCCUCAGAACUCAAUAGCUAAUAAUAAUUCACAAAUACCAUUUAGUGGUAAUUUAGCUAGUGGUCUAAGAGGUCUUAGUCACGACCAGUUAAUGCAGAUGAUCAUGGAUUUGGUGGUCAUGCAAGAAGAAGGUGGUCUGUCCGAAGGAGAAAAGAUACGUGGUAUUCUUCUAAAGAAAAUGCCAGUGGCUGAUGUGCAACCAUUAAUUGAAACCUUAAAUAACUUGAAGCAGAAUAUUUACGCCAGCUUAGUGUCAUUUAAGUUGGAUGUUUCGUCCAAUACUUGUGAAUUUAUACAUUUAGAUGCUUUUCAGAAAGCUAUCGUAGAUCAAGGAAAGAAGCUAGUAGAGUCUCAGCAUUGGACAUCAGUAAUGCAAUACGUGUAUGCAGCAUGGAAUAUUACGAAACAGAUAUCAGAAUGUAAAAAUCAAAGUCUGUGUGAUUUGGCAUGUAAAUGUUUUAAAAAUUUGACACACUUUUGUUCCCAAGCUUUGAAGAAAGGAAAUUUCAGUGGCACUAUACUAAAUAUGUUUUCGGACAGGCUUGAUGUUAUGGUUGCCGAUUAUGAAGAUAUAAAGAUCUGCCUCCAGCUGAUAAACGAGGCGAAAAACAAUGAAACUUGAGCAUUUUCUUUUAGGAAGAACAAAUAAAACUUGAGUAUUCUUUUACAUCAUUAAUAGUAAGGAGACAAGAGGCCAUACGUGUUACAAGUGUAAACAUAUGAUCUAUAUACAUAUAUAUUUUUAAUAUAUACAUAUUUUAAUUACGACCCACGUCGUACG